UCCCCGUUGUCUCCCUCCUCCUCCUCCUCGUCGUCUUCCUACUCAGUCCUGUUCCUGGGCACUGGCGAGGAGGCGGCUGAUUCUGGGACACCCAGUCCCACGCAGAGCCCUCAGGGUGUCUGCCCCUCCCCCACAGCCGUGGCAGCCCCUCCAUGGAGCCAGUCGGAAGACAAUGGCCUCAGAAGCCAAGGUGAGGAGGGGCCCAGCUCCGGGCAGGACCCGGCAGAUGCCGAGUCCCGGCUCCAAGAUGCAUUACAUUUAAUGAUGGCUGAACUGAUGGGCUUCCUGCUCCACAAGUACCGCACAAAGCAGCCGACCUCAAAAGAGGAAAUGCUGAAUGCGGUCCUCAGAGAUGACCAGGACCACUUCCCUGUGGUCUUGAGCCAAGCCUCUGAGUGUCUGCAGCUGGUCUUUGGGGUGGAUGUGAAGGAGGUGGACCCCAGGGAGCACUUGUAUGUCCUGGUCCCCACCCUGGGCCUCACCUACGAUGGCAUGCAGGACGACGGGCAGAGCAUGCCCAACACUGGCCUCCUGGUGAUACUUCUGGGUGUGAUUGUCCUGGAGGGCGACUUUGCUCCUGAGGAGGCAGUCUGGCGAGCACUUAGCAAGAUGGGGCUGUGUGCUGGGAGGGAGCACUUCAUCUACGGGGAGCCCAGGGAACUCAUCACCAACGUGUGGGUGCAGGAGGGGUACGUGGAGUACCGGCAGGUGGCCAACAGCGAUCCCGCUCGCUACGAGUUCCUGUGGGGUCCCCGGGCCUACACGGAGACCAGCAAGCUGCAAGUCCUGGAACAUUUCCUCAGGGUCAAUAGAAGGGGUCCCAGUUCUUUCCCAUCCCUGUCUGAAGAGCGAGUGAGUGAUGAGGAAGAGGGGGCCUGAGGCAGACUUGCAGCUGGGCUCCUUCUAGGCCCCUGUCCGGCAGCUUCUCCCGCCGGGCAGGAAGUGAGGCUGACUCUUCACUGUGUGUCUGAAGAGCAAGCAGUCAGCCUUUUAGGUAGUGAGGGCCAGGGCCGGUGGGGGGGAACACGGUGUACAGCAUCUCUGGGCUCCUGUUCUCUACAAUGAUAUGGAAAUUCAUCUUCAUUUCCCUUAGUGAUGCUUCAGAUGUUAUUCCUUUUAAUAAAUAUCAAUAUACUUUAUUUUAUUA